AUGGCUUCCACUACUGCACUACGAACGGGGCCGGAGUGCAGUGGUAUCCCUGAGGUCCCCUCAGGGUUGAAAACCGAUCCUAUAAGUCCUCCCCUCGAUACCUCGCUCGCUUCCACGGCAGGAAACAAUUAUAUGGUGAAUUAUUCACUAGAGCAGAAAGGGGAGGCAACGCAUACCAUCCCGGGAGAGUGUGAGAGGCUCUUCUGUGACAAACUGUCUGGGAUUUUCCUUGGUGAGAGGAGGGUGCCCAGGCAGGAAUCACUUGGGAUAGAUGCGUCCCGAAUUCAGCUGCAUAAUGACGGAUAUAUGAAUUGGCGAAUUGGAAGAUGGGUCGAAGUAUUGGAUUAUACCAGCGACCUUAUAUACCGAGGAUUCGUAACCAACACAAACGAUGAGCGAGCACUAUUUGUAUUUCUCCCAGAAACGUCGCUCCAACAUGGCUUGAAAUCCGGGUUGAUUGCCUUGUUUGAAUUAGCCAGCGUGCAGGCGUUUGGAUGUUCACGAAUAGUCGCAUGUGUGCCUCGUUCGCAAGAUGGCGCCGAACUGGAACUUACAAGAAACCUCGGAUGGUGUGGGUUUGGCUUAACAACUCUGCAACCAUGGGAUAAUGAGAAUCGUCUCAGUACGCCAGUCAGCACAAGAUGGAUUUUCUUAGGUGCCGAGGUUUAA